AACUUAUAAAGAGUCCCUUAUUUUCUGUCCAGUGUCUCUUCUGCCUUUGCUGCUUCGCUCCGCCGGCGCCGCCCAUGGCUUCCUCCAUGGCCGCCGCCACCGCCUCCUACCUCUCCCCGCCGCCAGUGAAGGCCGAGAGGCCAACCGCCCGCGGCUGCCUCCUUUUUCCCUGCUCGCCCGCCAGCUCCCGCUCCCUCCGGCUCCGCUCCACCGGCGGCCGCUCGCCGGCCUACAGAAAACCGCGCUCCUUGCCUCGUGCGGCCAAGGGUGUGGUGGCAGCGAUGGCUGAUCCUCUAAAGGUCAUGAUAGCAGGGGCACCGGCAUCCGGUAAGGGCACGCAAUGUGAGCUCAUCAAGGCCAAAUAUGGUGUGGUGCACAUCUCUGCUGGAGAUUUGCUAAGGGCGGAGAUCGCUGCUGGGACUGAGAAUGGGAAGCGGGCCAAGGAAUUCAUGGAGAAGGGGCAGCUGGUUCCCGAUGAUAUCGUUGUUAAUAUGGUCAAGGAACGCCUUCUGCAACCAGAUGCUCAGGAGAACGGUUGGCUAUUGGAUGGGUACCCAAGAAGCUAUUCGCAGGCCAUGGCACUGGAAACUCUUGGAAUCCGGCCUGAUAUCUUCAUUCUAUUAGAUGUUCCAGACGAAAUUCUUGUUGAAAGGGUGGUUGGGAGACGGCUUGAUCCUGUAACGGGGAGAAUAUAUCAUCUUAAGUAUUCUCCACCAGAGAAUGAAGAAAUUGCUGCAAGGCUUACACAAAGAUUUGAUGAUACAGAAGAAAAGGUUAAGCUGAGGCUGCAGACUCAUUAUCAAAAUGUUGAGUCCUUGCUAUCAAUAUAUGAGGAUGUUAUAGUCAAAGUGAAAGGAGACGCCACAGUGGAAGAUGUGUUUGCCGAGAUUGACAAGCUACUGGAUUCUAGCCUCGACAAGAAGACAGAAAUGUUGGCUAGCGCAUGAGCGGGGAAAAAUAUGCGCCUGUCUCACACGAUACUUGUCCAUGUUGAUGCUGUUGAAGCAUGGGAAUUUUGGUUCAGAGUGUCCCACCUGUUGUUGUACCAUGUGCUGAUGUACAUGUAUUCUCCACUGAAGAGAUGUUGAAUGAAUUGAUCUUCAGCCCAAAUGAAAGGGUUGUUUUGCA